UUCUUGGAAGCAGAAAACGGCAACCGCCUCGUGCCAAUCGUCCUCCACCUGAUACUGUAAUAGGCAGACUGAAACUCUAGAGUAGUAGUGCCAUAGAAGACAACCCCCUUUAUCAUCGAUGACUCGAAGUAUUGGUAGCCGUCGUAGAUUACCCUUGGUGCUCUCUGCAACCCUUAUUGCUGUCGCAUCGAGGUUGUUGGUGGGAAGCUCAUCAGGCCUCUUUGUCCAAGCAUACCAACCAACCGAGGAAGAUGAGGAGACCCGUGGUGCUAAUAAGAAAGACAUUCAUCAUGCCGAAUUCCGUCGUCGAUUGGUGCAUAAAACACUGGACCCCAAGUCGCGAGCUAAUAUUCUGGCAGCUCACGAACUGGCCAUGGCGCAGGCCAAAGCCGAAGGAAAGUUCCUCUACGAAGAAAGAGACGAUCCCUUCCAGGUCAUGAGUGGAGAAACCAUGAAACGGCAAGAUGCCCAAGCCAAAAAGGAUGGCAGUACGUCUCCUCCCAAAGAUGCACACAUUAUUGAGCAGCUACAGAGUCGUACUGUCACGAGAGGAAUGGAUCCACUCAUCCAGACAGAGAAGGAUGAUGAGAAUGUAGAGGCACUUGACAAGAAGCUACCAUGGCUGUCCAACAAGGAAUCGGUUCAUUUGGCAGUGGACUACUUGGGUGUCACAGUCGAUGCGGGACGGCAUUAUUUUCCCAUGAGUUGGUGGAAACGAUUGAUUGUCUACCUGCACAAGAUGCACUACAACCUCAUUCAUUUGAGACUGGCUGACGAAGAAAACUUUGCUGUCCGCUUGGAUUCUUAUCCACAAUUAGCAGCAGCAGCCAUAUCCAACAAAACAUAUUCACCAGCGGAACUGAAAGAGCUGGUAGCCUUUGCCAAGCAACAUCAUAUUACCAUCAUCCCGGAGCUACAAAUGCCAGUCCGUACAACCUCCUGGGCCGGAGCGGUUCCAGGACUGAUCAUGCCUUGCGCCAAUUUCAUUUGUGAGACAUCUCAUUAUGUCCCACUCAAUCUGGAUCAUCCCGAUUUACCAGCCAUUCUGGAAGGUGUGCUGAAAGAAGUUAUUGCCAUUUUUGGGAACCCAUCAAUGCUCCAUUUGGGAGGGGCCUUGUUCAUGGAUGAAGCCAAAGAGUGCCUCCGGGAGGUAGCCAAACAAAAGAAAAAAGAAGUACCUGUUGAAGAGGACCCAGCGACAAUCUAUUGGAUUAAAUGGGAAGGACUGAUUCGGGAGGUGCUGAAAAGGCUAGGGUACCCCGAAAAGAAAGUGAUUCGAACACAGCAUGUUGCUUCUGUUGAUGAUGAGAAGGAGGAAUCUGUCAGCAGUACCAAGGCAACAGAAGACACUAACAAAGCAAAAGAAGAGAGCAAGCCAAUACAACGUGUAGGAGGCAUUGAACACUACUGGAUGACCUUUCCCCAGGAUGGCAACAGCAACAAUAUCAACAGCAAGAACUGGGUGCCCCUACCAGAAUCCAUUGUAUCAACAGGAUUGGAUUUUGCCUUAGAUGACGAUGACAGUGCAUGGAAGAUCUACAAACACACUCAACAAGUACUGGAGCUAUCUGUCAAACCAAAGGCAAUUCUUGUGGGGACCAUGCACCUGUCAACAAAUUUGCUACCACAACAGAAUCUUUGGCUGCAGCGCAAUGUUUUGGCAAGGCUAGUCGCAGUGUCCAUGGCAGCAACGGAGGAAGCCAACAAGAAAGAACUAUCAGAGUUUAAUUUUGAGUUGUCCUAUCAAAGAGAAUGUCUUUCCUUGCUGCCGAAGGCCUUGUGUGAGUUGAAGGGUCACACUCUGGUAUCAAGACGGUCCUUCUUGGGUCUGCUAAGCAAGAGGAGUCAAGAUUGGAGGCAGGCAAUCUGCCGCAGGCUGACACUGGAGACUAGUGAAAUCAGUUUUCAGCCUGCAGUUCAUGCCAGAGCUUCUGCCAUCGCAGGUGGAAAUGAUGUCUUUGGCAAGUUUUUUCAUCGACUGCCAGAGUUCUACCAACCAAACAAUGAGAGGGGGUGCAAGAAGGUCCUUGUUGAUCCUGUGAAAGCACUCAAACAAAAAGUUGAAAAGACAGGAGUUAUCCUGGAUAUGGCCAAUUCCCUUGCCUAUCCUCGGUUGGUCAAGACUCUGUUCGUAGAUUUUAUUGCACCCCUUGGAAUGGAUUGGCUGCAGCUCCGUCUGUCUGAUGAUUUUGCUUUUGUGCCCCAACUGGAAUACAAUUCACUACUGGCCCAAUCCAUGUGGACUGAUGAACUACCAGGAUUGACAGAAGCUCCAAAAAUCAAAUUCUUUCAUCGUUUGGUCAAUGCCGCCAAUGAAUGGGGUGUGGAUAUCAUUCCUGAAAUCAGCAUCAGUACCAAUGCGGGUGGCUGGAUCAAUGGGGGAUUCCUCGUACAGUGCCCCAAACUGUUCUGCAAGGAUGGUACUGGUAUACCCAACAAUAUUCAGGAUCCCUUGUUUCUCCCUCUGGUCUACGAUGUGAUCCGAGAGUUAAGAGUGACCUUUGGUGGGUCUUACUUUCAUUUGGGUACUGAUGAACGAGUCGACAAUCUCAAGUGCUUUGAAGAGAAUGGUCUGAAAGAUGAUGAAGAUCCACCCUUUGGAGAGUUUGAACGCAAUUUGCAGAAGCUGCUGGCCAUGUUGGGCAUUGAGCCAGAGUCUGUCAUUCGGUAUGACAAUGAGGAACAAUUGACUUACAAAGAUAGAGUGGGCAAGAUCACCCACUAUCGAGCCGUGCCUGGAGGAGACAUGCCAGAUAUCCGGGAGGAAGAACCCUUCGUGGUAACUGUGGACCUGCUUGAGAGUAACAUCUACAGCAUAUACAAGCGCACCCGGAAGUUGGUGGGUCUGAAACCAAUGGGAAUCAUGGGUGAGAUUCGGUCUCUCGAUCAAGAAGUUUGGAAACAGCAGUACAUGGGGCUGCGCCUGAUCGCUUUCAAAAUGGGCUUUUCCGAGUGGGAAGGUGAACAGAGCGGUGAUGAGGAGUUGGACCACAAAGAAUUCAUCAAAGAAGUGCUUCGAAUCUGCACCGCUCUCAACUACUCAGAAUGCAAAGAGGAGGGGGGCGGAGCUGAGAAACUCUUGAAGAGUGAGAAAAUAAAGGAGGGAGAUGAUGAUGAUGCUGUGGACUCAGCACCAGAAACCUAUCCGAUAGCUACCCAAAAGUUCCGCAAUGCCCUGUGUACCAAACAUACUCGGUUUCGAAAGUCCAAGAGGAUGAAGGAUGAAUUUGUUCUUCAAGCAGACCAAGUAGUAAAAACUGGCUAGUAGACGGAUCUUGUAUGGGUGAGAUUGUGAUGCUUCAGCUAUGCUGCUUCGUAAGAUGGUGGCGAGAAGGAAAAGCUAAAAUCGCAGCCAGC